CAUGGUUUGCGCUCUACCACAGCCAUUUGCAUUGUCCUGCUCUGUCGGCUGUCCCGUUCAUGGACGAUUGCUUCUUUCCGGUUCUGAAUCGCACGCGACACGAUGGGUAAACCCAGAGGUCUUCGUACGGCACGUAAGCACGUGAAUCACAGACGUGAGCAGCGAUGGAACGAUAAGGACUACAAAAAGGCACAUUUGGGAACCAGAUGGAAGGCCAAUCCUUUCGGCGGCGCCUCUCAUGCCAAAGGCAUCGUCCUGGAAAAAGUAGGAGUGGAGGCCAAACAGCCGAACUCUGCCAUUCGUAAGUGCGUCAGGGUGCAACUCAUUAAGAACGGAAAGAAGAUAACAGCCUUCGUGCCGAGGGACGGUUGUCUCAACAACAUCGAGGAAAACGACGAGGUUCUAGUGGCAGGUUUCGGUCGUAAAGGCCACGCCGUCG